AUGGCGACAGAAACAAAAACGGAGCUUGUCCUCAUUCCCGAAGUACCAGGUGAAUGUAUUUCAAACAUCCAGGCGGCAACACAACGAACAAUUCAGUUGAGCUGGCCGUCAGAUCAAGGUAAAAAUUCGGCAGAGGCCGAUACUGAGAAACAAUGCGUAACAGUAUUCAACGGAGACAGCAGUUCGGGUAAACAGAUUUGCGGCAUCAAAGAUAAGAACGUGUUCACUGGAGACCUCAGUAAGAAUUUGGUUAUCACAUACGAGGCUCCGAAGGACACCGGAAAGACGGGAGUCAAGAAAUUUGAAGUUACAUAUCAAGCAGUGAGCGAUACCAGGUGUACGGACACACCAAAUCCCCCGACGAAUGUUGUUCAAUCAUUCAAAGUGGUCAAAGACGUCGAAACAAUUCCGGCCGACUUGGUUUGUGCGUGGAACAUCAGCACCACGGCGAACAAAAAUUUACGCAUCAGUCUGAAUGUGAAUUCGCCUAGCACAGACUCCCAAUGUGUUACAGUUUCCAAUGACGACAAUAGUAACGAGAAGAAAAUCUGUGGUAAAGAAAAGGAAAAUGAGUAUGUUUCCAAUGGAAAGGGUGUGCAUAUCACCUUCGAGCAACAGGCUACCAGUUUACCAAACUUUGAAAUAUUUUACAAAUACGGAGCCACAUCUUCUCCAUUUUGCGCAGCGUUCUCAUUGAGGCAACUAGCUAGCGAUCACGCCGAAGAUUUUGACGACAUCACAACACGAACUUUGAAGGAGAAUUUUUACGUGGAUGACUGUUUGGUCUCCGUGGAUUCUGAAGCGAUUGCUGUACGGCUAGUGGACCAACUGCGAACUCUCUUGAAACAUGGUUUUCGUCUACACAAGUGGGUCAACAACAAUAAAGCGGUGCUCCAGAUCAUUCCCUCUAGUGAUGGGGCAGCUAAAUUGGUUAACCUAGGCCUCACAGAUCCUGAGAUACAAAGAAUCCUUGGGUUGUGUUGGCGAGUGGAGGAGGACUGUUUUACCUUCAUAGUGAAUCUACCUGAACGCCCUGCCACCAUAAGAGGCAUUUUAUCCUGUACGGCCUCGUUAUAUGAUCCCAUCGGGUUUGUGGCUCCGUUACUGCUGCUCCAGAGCGUUAACUACAAAACCUCUGCCUAA